CCGUGGACAUGGCGAACCAGGUUAUGAAGUGCAAGGCUGCAGUUGCUUGGGAGGCUGGAAAGCCUCUCUCCAUAGAGGAGAUAGAGGUGGCACCCCCAAAGGCUCAUGAAGUUCGAAUCAAGAUCAUUGCCACUGCGGUUUGCCACACCGACGCCUAUACCCUGAGGGGAGCUGAUCCUGAGGGUUGUUUUCCAGUGAUCUUGGGACAUGAAGGUGCUGGAAUUGAGGAAAGUGUUGGCGAGGGAGUUACUAAGCUGAAGGCGGGUGACACUGUCAUCCCACUUUACAUCCCACAGUAUGGAGAAUGCAAAUUUUGUCUAAAUCCUAAAACUAACCUUUGCCAGAAGAUAAGAGUCACUCAAGGGAAAGAUUUAAUGCCAGAUGGUACCAGCAGAUUUACUUGCAAAGGAAAGACAAUUUUGCAUUACAUGGGAACCAGCACAUUUUCUGAAUACACAGUUGUAGCUGAUAUCUCUGUUGCUAAAAUAGAUCCUUUAGCACCUUUGGAUAAACUCUGCCUUCUAGGUUGUGGCAUUUCAGCUGGUGAUGGUGCUGCUGUGAACACUGCCAAGGUGGAGCCUGGCUCUGUUUGUGCCGUCUUUGGUCUGGGAGGAGUUGGAUUGGCAGUUAUCAUGGGCUGUAAAGUGGCUGGUGCAUCCCGGACCAUUGGUGUGGACAUCAAUAAAGAUAAAUUUGCAAGGGCCAAAGAGUUUGGAGCCACUGAAUGUAUUAACCCUCAGGGUUUUAGUAAACCCAUCCAGGAAGGGCUCAUUGAAAUGACUGAUGGAGGAGUGGACUAUUCCUUUGAAUGUAUUGGUAAUGUGAAGGUCAUGAGAGCAGCACUUGAGGCUUAUCACAAGGGCUGGGGAAUCAGCGUGGUGGUUGGAGUAGCUGCUUCAGGUGAAGAAAUUGCCACUCGUCCAUUCCAGCUGGUAACAGGUCGCACAUGGAAAGGAACUGCCUUUGGAGGAUGGAAGAGUGUAGAAAGUGUCCCAAAGUUGGUGUCUGAAUAUAUGUCCAAAAAAUAAAAGUUGAUGAAUUUGUGACUCACAAUCUGUCUUUUGAUGAAAUUAACAAAGCCUUUCAACUGAUGCAUUCU